AUGUCUCCGGAGCUGCUUUCUUUGCUCCAGCAAGCGUUCCGCUCUCCCCGGCGCACCGCCUCUCCUUCCACUCGCAUCAUGGCCGAGGCAGCUCCGCCAACCGGAAUGGGGAACCGCCAACUUCGCGAGUGGAUACAGGAAUGGGGCAGUGCGUGGGAUUUCCUCGGCCUCGCCCCCGGCAGCGCCAUGAGCGAGGUCCUCCGCGCCUACAAGCGCACGGCGAUCCGCCUCCACCCGGACAAAAGUCCGCCUGAUGAGGUUGAAAUGGCCACUGUGCGCAUGCAGGCCCUGGGGAAUGCCAAGGAGAUCCUCCUCAACCCAAGCCUACGGAUUCUGCACGACAAUAUCCUGGGCGUCGGCGUAGCUGGUGGGACAGCUCCUCCUCCCUCGAGUGCGGCGCCAGAUGGAGGCUCAGGCGGCACCGCCCCCCACCAUGGUUGGUGGAAUCAGGCGGUCACGGUGGCGCCCGAGCUCCGGGACUACAAUCCCGGGCCCGUGGCGCCGCCCUAA